AUGGGGCUUGUUUGGCCAUCUAUCGGAGAGUUUAGGAAGUCACAAGAAGUAAUUUUCUGGUUUACUUUCUUACCACCCAUCAGAACACCUCGACCCAUGUCAUCACCCAUCAGAACACCUCGACCCAUGUCAUCACCCAUCAGAACACCUCGACCCAUGUCAUCACCCAUCAGAACACCUCGACCCAUGUCAUCACCCAUCAGAACACCUCGACCCAUGUCAUCACCCAUCAGAACACCUCGACCCAUGUCAUCACCAUCAGAACACCUCGACCCAUGUCAUCACCCAUCAGAACACCUCGACCCAUGUCACCACCCAUCAGAACACCUCGACCCAUGUCAUCACCCAUCAGAACACCUCGACCCAUGUCACCACUUUGUUUUACCUCGACUCCUCAAGCCAUCAAGAACUGCUGGCCAACACAAGCAUCGAAACUGA